AUGUUAGGCUCCGAGUCGACGUUCUGUGCUAUCCACGGAAGGUGCAACGGACGAAGUUUGCGUAAGGGGCGAGAAUUUCAGUUGCAAUCCUCGAGGCAGCUGACUAACAAGACCGCUCGCAGAACUGCCGAGUGUUCAUUACGGUUGGAAGAAUUGGUGGAAAGUUGUACCGCCAACAACUACAAUUCUGGAGAGGAGAGUCAGCAGAUCGUUCCGGAAACUGAAGCAUAAGAAGAAAAUUCAUCCCCGUUGUACGAAAACUACCGGGUGAAAAGCAUAAAAUUUUAAAAUUGUUCAAAGGAUUAGAUACCGCCACAGGAUAUACAACCUAGUCCUUCGGGCCACACUAAUUUAGCAAAACGACAAAAGAUAGUUGCAAGGUUACCUACAAUUAACCGUAACAUGUUCAUUCACAAUUGAAGAUUGUUAUACCUAGACAGCGACAGUUGUACUCAGGGACGCCCCUCGGUACCUAAAUAUAGAAUUAAAUUGAACGCAAUUGGAUUCAGAAUGUAAUCUGACCAUGCUAUGAAGUAAAGGAAUCAACAAAUGGUCUUAGUCACUGGCAGAAACAAGCAGUUUUGAUUGUUGUUAAAGAUGGUAAAGUCCAUUCGUUGUUCAGGAAUAGAUCAGUUAUAGAAAAAAAUCUGAAAACUUUAUUGUAUAAUAAUUAAAAAUGGUUUAAAAAUGAUUUGUUUAUCCAAAAUUAAGGUUCUGCAACAUGAAGUUGACAUGGAUGAUAUACAAAUUUAGCUCACUGACCCAUUUGUAUUCGGUUGUUCUCAAAGGCAGCAUACAUUUGUUUUCCAUGCCUUCUUUGCAAGUUAUCUAAUUUGAAGUUCUUUCUGUAUACAAAAUAAUGUUAUAUCGAAUAAAGUUGUUAUAUAGGACAUAAUAAAAGCUCCAGAACUAACCUGUGUGUGGUUGUAAUUAAGGGCAGCAAAUAUUAUUUUUAUCUAUCACACUAUAAAUAGUGUAGGUUAUAAUGUAGGUUAAAAAUUAUCUUCGUGAAAAAAGAACACAUUUAUUCAGUUAUAGUUUUU